UCGUCGUUGAGGUGACUAAGAAUUAUAUACAAGUUCGCAUUCGAAGGAUUCACUGAAAGUCUUAUAAAAAUUUGAUGAGUUUAACGUUUCAUUGAAUAGUCUAUUUGAUUGCGAAGCGGGAGGUUCAAAUUUCCUCUAGAAGCUUUAUUUUAUCAGCUGUUUAUUGUUUUUAAAUCUCACCUUUGACCAAAUCAUCAUUUCUUCUUAAUUUGGAAUUAUAAAUAGUCUUUUUUUUCAUGCCAAUAAUAUUGAUUGGAUAUUCAAACAUCACUUUUAAAUUUAUGUUGAUUCUUAAUUAGAGUUUCAAGCAAAAUCUAUUUUUAAAUAAAAAAUCAAGUUUUACCCCCGGAUUUUUGCCAUGGUUUCACAAUAAACGCCAAAACAUUUCAAUAAAAUAUUUAAGAAAUAAUUCUGAACAGAUUUAGUUGAAAAUUUUUACAAUCGAAGAUACUUAAUCAACAUGAGAGAAAUAGUACACGUUCAAGCCGGCCAAUGUGGAAACCAAAUUGGGGCAAAGUUUUGGGAAGUCAUAUCAGAUGAACAUGGUAUUGAUCCGACUGGCAUGUACCAUGGCGAUUCUGAUUUGCAACUAGAAAGAGUAAAUGUUUAUUAUGCUGAAGGAUCAGGAGGAAAGUAUGUUCCAAGAGCAGUUCUUGUUGAUUUGGAACCUGGUACUAUGGACUCCGUUAGAUCCGGUCCAUUUGGCGCAAUUUUUAGACCAGACAAUUUUGUUUUUGGACAAAGUGGUGCUGGAAAUAAUUGGGCUAAAGGCCAUUAUACUGAAGGUGCAGAACUUGUGGACGCUGUUUUAGAUGUUGUUAGAAAAGAGGCUGAAAGUUGUGAUUGUCUGCAAGGUUUUCAGUUGACACACUCUCUUGGUGGGGGAACAGGUUCAGGAAUGGGCACAUUGUUAAUUUCUAAAAUUCGCGAGGAAUACCCGGAUCGAAUCAUGAACACAUUUAGCGUUGUACCAUCUCCUAAAGUAUCAGACACUGUAGUAGAACCUUAUAAUGCUACCCUCUCCGUCCAUCAGUUAGUUGAGAAUACAGAUGAAACUUUUUGCAUUGACAAUGAAGCACUUUACGAUAUAUGUUUCCGAACAUUAAAGUUAGCAACACCUACAUACGGAGACUUAAAUCAUCUUGUGUCUGCAACUAUGAGUGGUGUGACCACUUGUCUUAGAUUUCCUGGACAGCUAAACGCCGAUCUUCGAAAACUGGCCGUAAACAUGGUACCGUUUCCUCGACUUCAUUUCUUUAUGCCUGGAUUUGCACCACUCACAAGUCGCGGCUCUCAACAAUACCGCGCAUUGACUGUUCCCGAGCUCACACAACAAAUGUUCGACUCUAAAAAUAUGAUGGCAGCAUGUGAUCCUCGUCAUGGUCGAUACUUAACUGUUGCAGCUAUGUUUCGUGGUCGAAUGUCAAUGAAAGAAGUUGAUGAGCAGAUGCUUAAUGUCCAAAACAAGAACAGCUCCUACUUUGUUGAAUGGAUUCCAAAUAACGUCAAAACAGCAGUUUGCGAUAUACCACCACGUGGUUUAAAAAUGUCUGCAACAUUUAUUGGAAAUAGUACUGCUAUUCAAGAACUAUUUAAACGCAUCGGAGAACAGUUUACUGCUAUGUUUCGACGAAAAGCUUUUCUGCAUUGGUACACUGGUGAGGGUAUGGAUGAAAUGGAGUUUACUGAAGCUGAAUCAAACAUGAAUGAUUUGGUUUCGGAGUAUCAACAGUAUCAAGAUGCCACCGCUGAAGAAGAAGGAGAGUUUGAAGAAGAAGAACAAGAAAAUGAAUAAAAUUUAAAUUUGAAUGUCAGUGUUGCACUUAGAUAAAUGUUAUAGAAGCUCUUUGUAAAGUAAUUUCAAUACUAACAACCGAAAGUUUGAAA